AAACCAACCAAAAUAUAAUAUAAAUAAAAAUAAAAUAAACAAAUAAAACCUACGGUCUCUCCUUUUUCACAUUUCACUGAUCACUCACUCACUCACUCAGUAGUAGCUGUUAGCUGCAUGAAAACUCCUUCCUCAAACUUUCUCUCUCUAUAUAUUUGUUCAGUCAUGGCUGUACGCAUUCCUUCUUCAUCCAUAUGCAUGAUGUGAUUCUAAUGCUUCUUUUUCUUUCUCUUUUUCUUCUUCCAGUUCAACGCGAUCUAUCUUCCGUGGAUCCCUUAGCUUCCAUUUUAAUAAGUAAUAACUAAUUAAUUAAUUAACCUUUUUCUCUUUUUGCUCUUGACGUCGAUAAUUCAAUCAUUUCACCGAACCCAUGUUGGAUCUUAAUCUCAACGCCGAUUCCGCCUCCGGCAUCCAAAUGGAAAGUUCUGGAAGCUUCAAUUCCUCCCUCGCCAAUGCCGACACCGAGGACUCAUGCUCCUACGGCGGGGCUGACGCCGUAGCAUACAACUUCGCCAUACUCAAGAACGCCGUCGGCGGGGACGGAGACGCUGGAGCUGCCGGAGACGACGGAUGUGUACGGACAAUCCAGCUUUUUCCGAUGGUCGGAGCCGGCGAUGGUGUUGCAGCUGAGCAGUUAUGUGGCUCGUCAUCAGUGUUGGAAUUUGAGACGAAGGAGGAUCGCGGCGGUGGUAGUGCGACGGCGGCGGAGCAGAGAAUGGUUCCUCAGAGGGCGCAGCAGGUGAAGAAGAGUCGGCGUGGACCGAGGUCGCGAAGCUCGCAGUAUCGCGGCGUCACGUUUUAUCGAAGGACCGGACGAUGGGAAUCGCAUAUUUGGGACUGUGGGAAACAAGUGUACUUGGGUGGAUUUGACACAGCACAUGCUGCAGCUAGGGCAUAUGAUCAAGCUGCGAUCAAGUUCCGUGGCGUUGAUGCAGAUAUCAAUUUCAAUGUCAGCGAUUAUGAUGAAGAUAUAAAAUCCAAAUACAGGGGAGUUACCCUGCACAAAUGUGGUAGAUGGGAAGCACGCAUGGGGCAGUUUCUCGGAAAAAAAUAUAUCUAUCUUGGCCUAUUCGAUAGCGAACUAGAGGCUGCAAGGGCAUAUGAUAGGGCUGCUAUAAAGUGCAAUGGAAGGGAAGCAGUUACUAACUUUGAGCCCAGCUCAUAUGAAGGAAAGGUAAAUUCUCAUGAUGAGAAUGAAGAUAACAGGCAAAGUCUUGAUCUUAAUUUGGGCAUAGCUCCCCCUUCUUUCUCUGAAGAACAAGUCAAUAACAUUCACAACAAUGGGAUUGGUUUCCAAUAUCAGCCUAGCUGGGAUGACAUCCCUAUUGAUAGGAGAUUUAUGUUUGAGCACUCUGCAUCAAGAUCACUGAAUACUCAGCCACCUCAUGGAUUCUCCAUACCAUCUCAGCAUCCUUCUGCUUGGGGCGGUACUGAUUUCUUUCCCAUCUACAAGGAAAGAGCAAUAGAGAAUAUGAUGGAAGCCAAUCCCUUGCAAAAUUGGGCAUGGCAAGUCCAAGGUCAUUGUGGCGGGGCAACUCCAAUUCCACCUGUCUCUGCUGCAGCAUCAUCAGGAUUCCCUUCAACAUUAAUGCCAUCAGCUGCGGAUAAUCAAAUUCAUUUUCCAAACAAGACAUUCCUCUACCCUAACUUCCCUCCAUCGAUUGCCAAUUCCGGCACCAUAUCGCCCUUCUACUAAAGAAGCUGAAACCUCAACCCAGGUAGAGCAAUGCAACAUUUCCAAAUCCUUUUUUCUUGUCUUGGAUAGUUGAUAAAGUAGUAUGUUACUAAGAUGUAACAAUUGAUUCAAGACCUUUCACCGAUUGUCCUUUCAAGCUAAUUUUCUUAACUGUAAUUGCUAUAUGGCUACAAGGCAUGGUAGGUUUAACUGAAUCACCAUUGUAACUGCCUUCUUCUUUAAUUUGAUCUGGUUGACCACUAUUGCAAUGGGCAAGCAUUUUCUUUGAUAUGCAGUGCAGCAUUCACUUCCUAUGAAAUU